CUGUCACUCGAUUUUAUGUGUGUUUAUUCUUUGUGAAGGUCUACGUUUUUGAACUCGUAAAUUUUAUUUUUCUAAAAAGAAAGUUAAAUUUGGUUUUUUAACUAAAAUUUAUUAAAAAUGCCGAAGAAAUUAUCAACGAAUACAAAGUCUGCCGAAGCUCGAGAAAAGAAGGCAGCACAAAAGAAGUCAGCCAACGACAAGGCGGCAAAGGAAGCUGAGGAUAAAUUGUGGGAAGAUGAUGAUAAAAAUUUGGCCAAGAAGAAGCAAAAGAAGGAGGAGGAGGAAAGAAAGAAAGCUGAGCUGUUGAAAAAGAAAGCUGAAAAGAAGGCAUUACUGGAAGAGGAAAUGGCAUCGAUAAAGGUUACGGCUAAGCAGUCAAUACAGAAAAUUACCCAAGCACAAAUCCAGGCUGAAGUGGAGAAACGAAACAAAGUUAUCGAAAACGUGAAUGCUCCUCCAAAAUCGGAACCAAAAGUGGUACAUCCUGCACCAUUAGAAGAAAAUUUGAAUAGACUGUUGGCUGAUACCAAUUUUGCUACGACAGUCGAUGAGGCCAUAGCGGUUUUAAGUGUUAACGAUGACGAAGCUGACCGACAUCCAGAGAAACGAAUGAAGGCUGCGUAUAAAGCGUUCGAAGCUGAACAUUUACCUCGCAUUAAGUCUGAAAAUCCAACAAUGCGCAUGUCUCAAUGGAAGCAAAUGCUACACCGCGAGUGGACCAAAUCAUCGCAAAAUCCUAUCAAUAACAGAGACUAGAUGUUUCGGUAUUGUUGCUUGAGACGACUGCUAUCGGUGAUGUACUAAAUAUAAAUUGGCAAAAAUGUAACGUUCAUGUGGAAUGCGCACUGAAAAUGGAAAUUUCUAAUUAAAAACUUAAUGCGAAAA